AUGCGGGGAUCCAGGCUCACCGGCAAUGUUUUCGUCGAUUACAGACGUUUCGCCGUUCGCCGGCUAGAGGACCUGCAGGAGCUGCAGCGACGAUACUUGCUUAGUAGCAGCAGGGAUGGCAGCAUUGCUCUGUACGACCUGGAAGCAGACGCGGCAUGGAACUUGAAUGGAGGUUUUGGUCCUGAGCCAAAGGUGUACCCCAUUGGCUACGUGCAGAGGAGACCUGAUAGGCCUCCCAAACGCAACUUGCUUCCUCUGCGCUUCCAACCAGCAUCUGGAAGAAGAGUUACAAAGGGACGCACAAUAAGCAGCGUUGCAGGGAACAGUCUAGCGUCAAGUGAAAACUUUGUCGGCAUAAGGAGGGCUCAAGCAGGCCAUUCACGGUCUGUCACAAGUGUCGAGUUCAUGCCAGGAGAUAACGGGAUGUUCGCAUCUACUGGACUCGACAAGCUUCUGAAGAUAUGGGAUACACAGGCAUGGGACUGCGUUCUCGACAUCGCCGUCGAUAGUCCCAUAUUGUGCUGUGCAUUCGAGCGAGUUGGAUUCCAGUCAAAGGCUGCAUUUAGCUCAACGGAUUCAGUGGAGAAUUCUGUAGAAUCUCCGGCACAUCUUCCACUUGCCACAGGCUGCGAAGAUGGCAGUGUUCGCAUAUUUGACAUGAGAGCGAUUAGGAAAUGGGACAUCCGGCGGAGUGAUGCCUGUAUGUUGAUAUUUGAUAAAUGCAAGCCAGAUAUAGAAUUCUUCCGCAAUCGGUGCUCGCAGUCAGCAGCAUUUCGUCAAUUACUGCAUACUUAUGAUGUUGUGGGUGGAAGGUGCUCCCCUGCGCCGGCUUUGCCUUACGUAACUGUGGAAACUACGGAGCUUAAGCAAGCCGUUCAGAGUACUUCCAGUGAUCAAGGGGCCACGUUAGACAUUGUGGCAAGGGCAGCGGCCGAUGCUGCUUUCGCCCAAGAACCUGUGUUUCCCUUACCUAGGUCAUCAUCUGCAGGUCUGGGCUUUUCCUUGGUUACUUCCGGGGUUAGUCACUUCAAAACGCCCCACCUCCAGGUUCCGGUUCUCCCACGGAAACGCAACCAGAAUUCGGCUGGUACGAUGCCAAAUUUGGGUCGUGGAAGCAAGCGAACGAAGGUAGAGGAAAAAGCUCCACAGCAGUAUCGAUUCCCAUCCAGUACAACAGCGGGGAUGCGUGGCUCCCUCAGCGACGAACAGUCCGACUGUGUAUCUCCAGAAUAUGUUCCAUCAAUAGGGCUAAUGGAAGGUACCGUGCAAGCACGGGAACGGGGGAAGAGAACAUCGGCAGCGUUGCUGAAGAAAGACAAUCUCCGUGUAUUCGGCCUGAGUAACACUGGAGGCACGACGUAUGGUGAAGCCCCUGGUAAUCUCGAUUGUCUGAGGGAACCAAUUUUGUCGAAAAGCAACUGCAUAAGUAACACGAAGCCAAAGAAACGACUUCAUCCUGCUACAACCGUUUCUCCACCUAAAUGUCGGCUGGUUCGUUCGGAUUCCCCCACCCGAGUACAUUCAGAAAGCGUUAAUUUUCCUGUGCAGAUCCCAUUUUCCCAGGGUCCCAUCGGCACGGCGUCCCCGCAACUAGAGCCAAGCCAAAGAGGUGGAGCAGAACUGACUUGUUCGGGUGUCUGCAGCCCGUUAGGUCCAGAAACGGUGCCUGGUUUCGAAGGAAAUGUUGCACUUAAAGUCCCUGUGGUCGCACAGCAUGCGGUAGGCAAGCGCGCUCAUCACUGUGACCCCAUGCGUUUUGACAGAAGUGGACAAAGCGUAUCAGGCUUGGCCGAUACACCAUCUAGCUACCGCAACUCCCCGAGUGCUGCCGUUGAAUCAGGCCAGCUUUUUUGUGGCGUCGGAAGCCCGCCAAAAAGUGCACCUGCAUUUUCACGAGAAGGCACAUGCGGACUCUUCCAUAGAUUUGGAAACAGAUUGACAGAUUCAUUGUGCACAGGGCCAGCGAGCAUUCUCCAGGGCCAAAAUGUGUGGUCGAAGGUAUCUGCGCACGAUGGAGCAGUGACAUGCCUCAUACCAAGCCCUGACGGCACCUACCUUGUUUCAUCAGGAAGUGAUGGGCGCGUAAGAUUGUGGAAUGCUUUGAAUGGCAGCCACUGCUUUGUUCACAUGAUUCUGAACAUCCCCCGCAGUACUUCCGUGCAUGCUUCAUUCCAAGAUUCGAACCGCAGUCGAAUAUCAGGUAUACCAUCGCGACCAGAGAAAUCGAACACGACAACCAACAGAUUUGGUUCGAUAUGGAGUGUUCAAGCGGCCAUGUCAAAAAGCGGCGAGUAUCUAAUCCACGGCAGGGGCAGGGUUCUUUGCACAUUCGAUAUCAUGUCGGGAGCAGAACUACAGUUAACUUCUCCCGGCCACAGUGAUGAUAUUAUUUGCGUCACGUGGAACGACGAGAAGAACGAAGCGUAUUCAGGUGCAUUCGAUGGUAGUGUACUCAUCUACGACGCUAUGUGUGUUUCAGGCGGUUAUACAAGUGAAGAGGCAGAGGAAGAUGAUGAAGUCCCAGUGGUGGAUGUUACACCACCUGAAUUUUCGUGA